AUUGUAUAUUUAUAAUGUAAAGUAUUAUGUGAGAAGUUUAACCAUUUGGAAAGUAUUUCGAAGAUGGCAAACAAGUAUCUUUUGGUUUUAUGUAUGUUUAAUACUUUCUUAGUGCCAAUUUCACCACAGUCUUCAGACGAUUUUAAGAAUUUUCUUGACAGUUCUACAUUCACAAGUUACAACAAAAGAAUAUUCCCAAAAGAGGCACAAACCGAAAAAUUAACGGUAUAUUUGAAGUUUUACCUUAUAGCAAUUACUAACUUUGACGAGAUUGCAGGGCAAUUGGAGCUCGUUGGCUUUAUAGAUGUAAACUGGAAAAACGAUCUGUUAACUUGGACAUCAAGUACUAACCCUAUGACAGAGAUUUUGUUACCGCAGGAUAGUUUUUGGAAACCGUCUCUGGUCUUGUCAAACUCAGUAGAAUCUUUAGAAGAAUUAGGACAUACCAGUUAUAAAAUGAGGGUAUCGAGUACUGGUAAUCACUCCUGGACAGUUGGUGUUGUGUCCAAGACAGGAUGUCCUGUAGAUGUCUCCUACUACCCAUUCGAUACACAGUCAUGUAAGGUGAAGUUUACGCCAUGGGGAUAUUACGACAAUCAAGUGUUUCUUGAAAAUACAACAAAUGUCAUAGACCUGACUUACUACCAAACAAAUGUAGAAUGGGAUCUCACAACUACCACUGUAGACCAAGAAACAUUUAAUAGUGCAGCGUAUUUAACCUACACAUUAACAAUGAAACGACGACCUGGUUACUUUCUAAUUAAUAUGGUGAUUCCAAUCGUCAUUCUCGGCCUUUUGAAUGGCUUGGUAUUUCUAUUACCAGCCGAUUCCGGUGAAAGAGUUGGAUAUGCCGUAACAGCAUUCUUAACUUUUGCAGUUUUUCUCACUAUGGUUUCUGAAAAUUUACCACAAGCCUCCCAGCCAAUGUCUCUUCUUUGUUACUUCCUUACGCUAAUGUUGGUUAUGAGCGCUUUAUCAACUAUUAUAACAAUAAUGACUCUGCGAGUUUACCAUCAAGACGAAUCAAUUGAGAUACCAAAAUGGCUGAAACAUCUGACAUCGUUUCUCACUUGUCGGAAAUGUAAAAAAUGGCGUAACGAUAUGGAUCCUCCAGAAAUAGAACCUGAUCCAACAGAAGAAAUUGACAUCGACACGCCACCUAUGUACAAUUAUGACUAUGAUUUAGAUGAUAUUCAGUGGAAAACAGUGGGAGAACUUUUGGACUGGUUUUUCUUUAUCAUGUUUCUCGUAGGAACAAUAACUGUGGCAGUCUUUUUCUUAGUUCCCUUGGCGACUGCAGCUUAACCAAAUUCAAAUAUAAACCAGUCAACAAUGAUACGAUUUGCACAGUUCAGAGAUUUGCGUACUAAAUUAGAAUCCUGGAACCUUUGAUAACUAUUUGUCCAAAAUUGCAUUAUAAUUGCAUUUAAAAUAUUGUAUAUAAUAUCAGUAUCAUUAUCAUGAUCAUUAUAUUAUAAGAAAUCGCACACAAACUGCGGUAAUAUUAAUUUCGCUGAAUAAAUAUAUUGAUACGGUAUCAUUUUGAUGUUUUGUCGUCACUAACACAUAUAUCAUCUAAUUAGUGUGUAAGAAGGGGGAAAGUUUGUUAUACUCAUUUGUUCAGCAAAUCUUUAAAACAAUUAAAUAACUGUUUAAAUAUAGAUGAGAUUUAUCUGAACGUGGAUAAAUUGGAUGUAUGUUUGCAUUUCCGUCAGUUAUGCAGUAUGCUGUUCCAUUUAAUAAAAUAAAACAUCCCGCUCACUGAGGAGAAUGGAUUCAACAACUGCAUGACAAGUACGCAUAGAAAUUCAUGUCUUUUUUUUAAUUAUUAUUAUUGUGAUGUAUUAUAUAAUGUGUUAUUUUGUCAAUAUUGAUGUAUGCAAACGACCCAAUUGGUGUAUAAUAAUGCAUUAUUUCAAUAAACAGUAAAUGAA